AAAAAAAACUACUGGAAUGAGAGACUGCGCAUUACCGUGUCGGAACUAACUUAGACUGCGGUGGUAAUUUAGGAGGAGUGCUGCAGAGGAUGGAUGCGUGUCCGCAUAGAUAGAUAAAAAAAAAGAUUACGAGAUAUUAGUAGCCAACACUAUAGAAAAAAUCAGUUAUCAUUUAACGAUGGCAGGUACGCAGCGCGAGAGGUGCUGUGUUGGUGGUUCCGAAAUGCUCCUAUACGGUUGGUCGGCAAUUAUCCUGUUUGCAGAAAGAGCCGCGCUGACAUAUAGCAUCCUACACUAUUUUGUUAUUGGGCAUCAGUUGUGGGCGGGACUGACCCUUACCCUCACCUUACCAGCCUGUGCUGUCCAGCUGCUGAGUUUCUAUUGGUUUAGCGUGGAUGGUGAAAGAAAGCGCUGCUCCCUGGUCGUCAUACAUAUCCUGCAACUGGGAAUCUACAAACGGUACUGGGACUGCGCCCGGUCCAUGGUGCUGGCUCAACACACAGCAGGGGGGCUGGGAGCCAUGGUGAUGCAGCAGGGAGACGUUUCAGCCCUGCACCUGCUGGAGGCACUCUUACUCUCUCUGCCUCAGACACUGUUGCAGAGCUAUCUGUUGGUGACAACCGAGAUCAGCCUUAUCACUCCAGCGGCGGCGCUGUGCUCCAGCCUGUCCCUGCUCUCCCUGUCCUGGGCCCUGGUGCUGCACAGCCGGGCCGCCUGUCUGAUCCUGCCCGGGCACCUCAGCAUGCCGCCUGCCGCCCUGCUCUGCCAGCUGCUUUGGAGGGCUGGCAUGCUGUGGUCACGAGUCACCACGCUGGUCCUCUUCGCCAGGGCAUAUCAUUGGUGGGUCUUCGGUGUUGGAGGUCUGCACUGGCUGGCUGCCUCCUUCUGGCUCGUCAUGCAGCAGUCAGAUAUUUUUAAGAAUCCCUGGCACUGGCGUCUCUUCAACUGCACACUGGGAGCUGUUCAUGUUUUUUGUUUCUUAAAUGUGAAGUACGGCCCGUCCAGAUUCCGCAUGUCUGCGUUCUAUGCGGUCAUGCUGUUGGAAAAUGCAACCCUCUUGCUUUUUGCAUCAGACUUUCUGCAGGUUACUUCGUGGGACAGCAUGGGGACAUCCACAGCAGUUCUGUGUAGUUUCCUUGUUGGUAGCACAGCUUUAGUCUUAUAUUACCGUUUCCUCCACCCUAAAUCGACUGAGAUCUCCCUCAGCUACCAAAGCGGCCAACCAAGCAGUGUAUGCUGGGAUAAAGGGUCACCCUCAUUUUCCCCUGGAGAUAAAGAUGCAGCCUUCUCUCCUCCCCUCCAAACUUAUGGUACCAGCUCUCCCACUCGAGUAACAGAAACUGAUCUAGAACAAGGUGGAAUAUCUGCUCUGGAGCCUCCCAUUAUGGGAACAUCCAUUGACGAAGGGCACCAUCACUGGCUACUGCUCCGGCUGGCUCUGAAGACAGGAGACCUAGAGAAAAUCCACAGGAGUUACGGUGUUGGGGGGGCUACAGCUAUCUUGGGUGUGGCAGAGCACAAAAAGAUAGAAGAAGAAAGGGAGAUGGAUGAGGAAGAGAAGGAUAAGGAGGAAGAAGGGAAAGGGAAAGAUGAAAGGGAUCAGCCACAGUUAAGACUUCCUCUCCUACUGGCCCCUGUAACCAAAUGGGAUCAUGCUGUUGUUCCAUUUUCAGAAGAUGAAGAUACCGGGGAGACCUCCCAGUAUGUUAGUCUUCAGACCAACCCUUUGGAGGCCCAGAGGAAAAGAGGACUUACCCCAGGGGGUGAAUACAAGAGGGGCUGCCCAGAAGGACGAUCUGUGGAGUUACUGGAGGAUCCUGAAUUCCAGAAUCAAGAAUCUAGAACCUGCAAUGAAGAAGAAAGCCCCACAGAUUGCAGCUCUACAACAUACUUCAGCGCAGACCCCCAGUCACCUGAUGGGCCAGCCCAAGAACUCCCAAAGAGGGAGGGUGGAGGAGAAGGGGACAGCACAUUAGCGUCCCAACUUGCUGAAUUGAGCCCCAUUGCAGGUGAUGCAGGAAAAUACAGGGGAAGUGGUAAACCCCCAGGGUUCAGAGCUUUGUUGAGCAGGAGGGACCCCAUGUCUAAAUUGGGAGUGGAACCUCAAUUCACAUCUACCCCAAAAUCAGAGCCUGGGCCACAGAGCUUGGAGCCCAGGGCUGGAGGGGCAAGAAGGCAGCUUGUGUAAAUGGAUUUGUAGACAGUUUGGAAUAAAAUAGACCUUCAAAAAGGUAUCUCUCAAUGGAUAAUCCAACACUGUAUUGUACUGUACUAAGAGCUAUGGCAGGGCAGUGAAGAGACUACGAUUUAGCUGGAAGAUAACUAACAAAAUUGCAAACACAAACAUUUCCAACUGAAAACAAUGUUGAGUCUGCUGAAAAUUAUUUUUUGUUAAUGUGAAUGACAUUUUUUUAUUUUAAGAUUAUUUCCAUGUUUUAGGAUGACUGGUAGCACACCCCAGAGUCAGACAGCUAUGUAUUCUAUGUGCAGUGGAAUUUUAUGACUGAAAAACUUACUAUAAUUGUCUUAAUCAGAAGAGAUCGUAAGUCUUUUACAGUGCUUGCUAUUUUAUAUUCAAGGAAUUAUUACUGAUGUUUCAUGGAAAUGUAAAUAUCAAAAACAAAAAUUGGUGCCUAACCAGUAUCCCCAAACCACUAAUCUGAACAGGGUCAGGUUCCAACUGUUUCUAGUUGGAUUGGAUAUUUAACUGUGGCAUGAAAAAGGGUGAUGUGUAUGGCUCUCUGGCUUAGGGGGGUGCAAAUGUGUUUUAUCAAUUAAGAACCCAGAUGUUUUGCUUUGCAUGAAUUUUUAGCUUUUUUAUUCUUUUAUAUUGAACAUGGUUAUUUUGUUUACCUUUCUUAUGAAAAGCUCAUGCAUAAGUAAUGAGAAUUAAGUCAAACUCAAUUGAGUGUAAAAGUUUUAAUCGUCAUCAUUAGAAAUCUCAAGCUCCAGUUAGUUUCCAAGAAGGUUCAGCUGUUGUUUCCCUAGCUGAUACCCAGUAUUUUGAUUCUGUAUGUAAACUAAAUUUGAAAAGACAUAAAAAAAAGAAAAUCUAUGUUUUCAUUCACAAUAUUGUAAAACUUGUUUUUACAAUAGCAAUGAUCUUGACUUUGAAGAGCAGUGCGAUCGAUACCAUGCUGCCUCAGAAUUUCCACUGUUUUGUCCAAAUUUUUAACUGUGCUGUCAGCUGCUCUUGAAUGUGAUUUUCCGUCCAGAUGUUGAGGAGAGCUUUUGUUCUGCAUCCCAGGAAGCAACAACUUCGUCAGGUUUGUUUUUACACAGCUUUCUCUUACAACCGCCAUUGUUCUGAACAGUUUAUUUCUUUAGCACAUGCCUUUCGAUGACCUGCUUCCAUACAACACAGUUUGGCCCCAUUGGGUACAAGAUACGGAACUGUAUGGUCUGAUGUGUAGCUAAGGUAUAGAAGUGGAAAUAUCCUCCAGCUACACCUCACACAGAUCGUCAUGCUCACCUAUAUCUGGGGAACAAGGCAUUACUGACCAGUUUGAAACAAGUUUUACUGAAACAGUAAAGUGCAAAAGCAAGCCAGCUCGUCAGUCAUUUCUGCACCACUGAGCAAAAUUUUUUAAAUGUAUACUUUUUUUUUUUUUUGUUGAAGAACUUUUUCAA